UUUUCCUUUGAGUUGUGACAGGCUGGUCUAAUUGAAUCGAAUGAAUAGCGAAUGUUGUGGUUUUACAUUUCGUUGCAUAUUUAUCCGUUUAUCGUGCUUAUCUUUUUAUAGUUAAAACCUACGGAAUUAAGCUAAACAAAAUGAGUUCUGGAUUCAUAACUGAAACUGAAAUAUUGGAAGCUAGACGUCGCCGGCAAGAGGAAUGGGAAAAAGUCCGCACUGAUGACCAGCCAAAAGAGGCACCAGAAGAGCCCUAUGAUACUAGGCCUUUGUAUCAGCGCCUUGAAGAACAGCGUAUGAAGAAAGACGCCGAAUAUGAAGAGGCACAUAAGCUUAAGAAUAUGAUCAGAGGCCUGGAUGAUGACGAGGUUGGAUUCCUGGAUCUGGUCGAGACGGCCAAGGCAAAAGCAGCGCAACAGAUUUCCAUUGAAGAACAGAGGGAGAUGCAAGAGUUCAGGGAGAGAGUGUCGAACCUCGCGGAGAGCGAGGAGAUGCUGCGCCUGCGCGCGCAGCUGGCGCCGGCGCGGCCGCCGCCCGCCGCGCCCGCGCACAGGAAUAAGCUGCAGGGGGUAGUAGUAAGAAAAAGGAAAGCCAGCGAGCUGGAGAGUGAGAAAAAAGACGAAACCCAAGUGCCCGCUAAAAUCAAUGGUGUUGUCAGCAAUAACAAACAAAAUGGCGACGUCUCUCCCGGUGCGCAGGCGCAGGCGGCGGGCGCGAUGCGCUGCGUCGGCGUGCUGCCCGGGCUCGGCCAUUACGACACCGACAGCUCGAGCGACACCGAUGACUCCAGUGACAUUGACAGCGAUGAGAAUGACAAAUGUUGCAAAAGAGAUUUGCUUGGACGAAGGCCGGAGGAAAAACGAAAGGACGAAGAUAAGAGUUAGAUAUUUAUAGUAAUACAAGUACUAUCUACAUAUUGUUUUAAACAUACUUAUAUCACUACAUAGUAUAAAACAAAGUCGCUAUUUUAGUCUGUUUGUCUGUAUGCUUAAAUCUUUAAAAUUACGCAACGGAUUUUGAUGCGGGUUUUUGUAACAGGUAGAGUGAUUCAAGAGAAAGGUUUUUAUGUAUAAUAACAUUUAUAAUUUUGCACCCGUGCGAAGCCGGGGCGGGUCGCUAGUAUGAAAUAAUUUAAGCAAGAUUCUCUGUAUAAUCUGUUUUUAGGCAUCCGAAGCCGAUGGGUGAAAUUAAAAUCAAUAUUGUAUUUCAGAAAAUAGGCCUUUCCAGGCCCAUUUUAACGUCAUUUUACAUUUCAAUAAAUUUAUGUUAUAACUUAAUAUUAUAAAUGCGAAAGUUUGCGAGUAUGUCAGGAUGUCAGUAUAGAUGUUUGUUACUCUUUCACGCAAAAACUACUGAACCGAUUACGAUGAAAUAUAUGGUAUGUAGGACGCUGAAGACCCAAAAUAACAUACAGGCUACUUUUAAUCCCGGAGCUCCCACGAACCACGAACACGAAUCAGUAGUUGCUGAGAUUAGCGCGUUCAAACAAACAAACAAACUCUUCAGCUUUAUAAUAUUAGUAUAGAUUUGAAAACCGGAAUUCAAAAUUGUUUACCCGGGAAUUUCGGAAAAUAUUAUAACCUAGGGGUAAUUGCUAUGAUAUGUUUAUUAUGUAUUAA